AUGGAUGGGAAUUGGUUGUUACAAACAUUUAAUAAAAUAUGUGCAUCACUUAUGAAGAAAUAUUCUUAUGAAAAACAAUAUGAACUGCUAUUGGAAGCAUCAGACGUGACAGAAGAAGAAAUAUUACAACCGAAAUCGUUCCAUACAACCCGUUUUGUUAGUUCGCAACUACGUGUGUAUGAGACAAUGUUCAGAGAUUGGUCCACUUUUUAUUAUUUGCAAGAAGAAGAAGAUAAAAUAAUGACAUUCAAUCAUGGAAAUGUCAGUACAAGAACCAGACAAAAAGUUAGUGUACAACAAACAGGUGAUAAAGAUACGGGUAGUAUUAAGUUAGAAGAAAUAAAAUCUUCUGAUUUUGUAUCAUCAUUAUCUGUGCAACAAGUGAACAGAUAUCCAUGGGAAUACGACGAUUCAAUCGAAUAUUUAAAAGAACGUCUAACUGAAUAUGGAAUAUUGCUUAGAACAUUAGAUAUAAAAUCAACCCAAGAAGUAGAAUAUUCACAAGAAUUUCAAGCAGAUAGAUCAGUUAAUUCACCAGCUGAGGGUGAAGUUAAGAUGGAUGACGAUGAAGAAGAUGAAAUGACGAUUCAACAACAACAAUCAACCACUUUUAUGGAACAACAUUAUCAUGAAUUGUUACAAUUUGAAUUUAAACAAUUUUCACUUAUGAAGCGAGGUACUGAUUAUGAUUUGGAUGAUUCAACUGAGCGUGCAUGUGGAAAACUAAUUGAACUAUGUCAUUAUUUAGUUGAAGCAAUUUCGAAACGAUUUCAAGAUCUUCCUGAAAUUUUUAUAACAAUGAAAAAUUGUUUAGAUGUUGGACGUUUAUAUCAUGUUUUUUUGAAUGAAUGUUAUACUUAUCGAAAAAGCACGGCCAUUAGCCGUUACUCUAAAGAAGCAAUUUAG